UAUUUAUAAACAUACAUCACUUCCGGAAACAGUGCUGAAUGUGAAAAAAUCAAAACACAGACUGAAAGACUGCGCACAAACUUUUGAUUGACAAACCCUCAAACGGAGCAAUGUUUAGCUCUGUCGGUAGCUGGUUUGGGGUUGUGAAUAACAAAGAAGCGGAGGAAAAAGAGCAAAAAGUCUUGUCAGGAGAGGAGGCCAAACAAAAAGACCCAUCAGCUGAGAAGACUGAACAAACAAAAGAGUCUGAACCAAAGUCCGAUAACUCGGCAGAGACAGGUGGACAGGAUGAGGAGGAGGAAUCCCUAGAAAAGAAGCUAGAAGAGGCGUCAACUGCCGCCAUCAACACAGCCAAACAAUGGGGGAGUUACCUGUAUUCCUUUAGUAAAACAGCAGGAAAAACAGUAGUAGAAAAAGCAAAGCAGAUUAGUAAAGAGGUGGAAGAAAAGACAUUUUUGGGAGAUUUCAGCAAGGAACAGGAAAAGUUUGUGACAGAAAAGAAGGAGAAAUCCAAACAGGCUGAGGCAGCAGUGCCCCCCUGGGUGGGAUACAAUGAAGAGGAGAGCAUGAAAGCACAGAUCCUAGCUCUGUCACAGGACAAAAGAAAUUUCCUCAGAAACCCUCCAGCAGGUGUACAGUUUCAGUUUGACUUUGAGAGUAUGUUUCCUAUUGCCAUGGCAACUCUACAGGAGGAUGAAAACCUAAAUAAAAUGAGAUUUGAAUUGGUCCCAAAACAAAUCAAAGAGGAGGCAUUCUGGAGGAACUAUUUUUACCGAGUAUCUCUCAUCAAACAAUCCACACAACUUACCUCCCUUGCUCAAGAAACAGGGAGCACAGGUGAAAGUAAGUCCAGUGAUGGAUCUCGAAGGUCAUCAACAGGAAGUCAAGCAGAACAUUCAAAGAAAACGGAUAACGGAUCCAGGGAGGAGGAGUUCGCUCCUAGUAGUCCUAACGAGAAUGAGUUUGUCAGUGACAGCUUCCAGGGGGAUGAGAUCAGUCAGGAGGACCUAAAGAAGGAGAUGCAGAUGUUAGGGGUGGAAGAUAACAAGUCAGAAACCAAAACGGAGAAGGAGGAAGGGGAGAAGAGAUCUGGCCGUAAACCUUAUGAAAGGAACUACUGGAAAGUUUGUUAUGAGAAAGAUCUAGACCCCAAUACAGAUGGCAUUCCACAAUGGGAGAAGGAUCUACAACAAGAAUUACAGGACUACGAGAUGGUGGAUGAUAACAUGGAUGACGCUGACAUUGAGAAUGAGAUUCUACAGCAGUUAGAGGAAGAGGAGACGGACGCCAAGUGAUACGGCCACCAGUUUAGUGGCAUAGGGACCAGCUUAAUUUAAUGUCUUGUAAAUUCUGCAAUUGUAAAUAUAUGAUAUGUAAUGUAAUGUUACCCAAAGAAGUUUAUAUAUCAGUAGACUUCUAUAUCAAUUGUGAAUCUUAGAGAUAAUUUAACAUUCAUUUGGUUCUUUUCUUGGGAUGGUGAAGUGAAAACAGAUCUUGAUAUAUAACUUGGAUUCUCUUAAGAUUUUAUGUAGUGUAUAGAUAACACCAUUAUUUGAUAUGUAUGUUAAACCCAGCCAAUAUUUGUAUAUAAGGAUGAGUAGUUAAUUGGUUGCUUGCAAUUGUUCUUAAUUGAUUAAUUUUGUUAAGUUUGAUUGACAAAUUAAUCCAGCAAAAGUAUGUGGUCUGAAUUGUUAAGUAUAUUUAUUUGUAAAUUACUGUUAAAUAAACAUACACAAAACUUGU